AUGGAAGAUGCAGUCAGACCAAGCCAAGACGCCUAUCGAGGCGUCUACGAGAGAGGUUACCGCACCUGGGCUGCACUGUGCCAGCAGGAGGAGGCGGCGGUAAACGACAGUCUUUUCGAAAAGAGCAGCAUCUAUUCCGCGUUCCCCAGCCAUCCUCACUUCCCGAGCCGCCUUUUGCUCGACAAGUCACUCUCCAACGUGGUUGUUGCGAGCGGCAGAUCGACUUGGAACACCACCACAUCACCGGCGGAUCCUCGCUGUGAACUCCCGCCCUUCCAGGAACAGAUGACCAUGCAGGUGGCGUGGAAUUUCCCGACGGAAGUCGUCCUGAGACAAGACCAAGGCCUCCUCGACAAGAAGCUUCCAGCCUUUUUCACCAGAGAAGACAGCCACCACUUCCCGGUCUUGUUCCUCGCUUGGGCCUACAUUCUGUCCGCGAGGUGGGCCGAGCUGAUUCCUGGAGCACAAGAGCCCACGUAA